AUGAUCAUCGGGGGGACCGACAUUCCCCAAGAACCUGUGAUCAAACGGAUAAAGAUAACCGCUGCAAUAGAAGGGCCGAUCCGAGACUGCUUGAUUGAAGACACCCUUGAUUUUAGCGAGGAAGAUUUCGGGACCUUAACACAAUCACAGUACGACGCACUUGCAAUUUCAUUUCUUUUAAAUAGCAUUCUAAUUAGACGUGUGCUCGUGGACCCAGGCAGCUCAGCCAACGUAAUCAGGUCAAAGGUAAUAGAACAACUCGGGCUACUUGACCAGAUCGUACCCGCCUCCCGGGUCCUCCACGGCUUCGACAUGGCCGGUGAAAUAACGAAAGGGGAGAUCUCCCUCUCGGUUGACAUGUCCGGUACAGUUCAGAACACAAAGUUCCACGUUAUUGGUUGUGACAUGAGGUACAACGCAUUGCUUGGAAAGCGGCGUAUACAUAGCAUGAGGGCACUGCCAUCAACUCUACACCAGAUGACCAAGUACCCAACAAAGGAUAGUAUAACAACCAUAUAUGGAGAACAACAUGCGGCAAAAGAAAUGUGCGCGGUUUAUUAG